UCGCGCAUGCGCGGACAUUCGAACAGCAUGGCGGCGGAGCGCUUGACGACCAUCACCGAGCGAUGGAUACGGGAGAGACUGAAGCUAAAGCGUCACUGUCUUGGAGAUGUCGGAUCACUGAGCCUCCCAGGGACUUACGAGGAGAAGAUCAGACACAUAGGAAGUGCACUGAGGAACUUUGUACGUUUAAAGACUCUCGAUCUCUCCUGUAAUGCCCUGGUCUCUGUUCAGGGGUUGCAUCACUUGAAGAUGCUGAAGAGGCUGAACCUGUACUAUAACUGCAUAUCCUCCAUGGAAGAGGUCAAACCGUUAUGUGACCUCCCGGCACUGACAGAGUUAGACCUAAGGCUGAACCCUUUUACCAAAAACGACCCACACUACCGCCUGUAUCUGGUGCAUACUAUGUCCAGCUUGCGCAAACUAGACGACUGUCCAGUCAGGGACACGGAGAGGAAAGUUGCCAUCAUCCAGUUCUCAUCGUUUGUACCUCAGCAGGAGCAACCCUCUUUGAAUCCAGCAGUUGACCAAAGAAGCAGUGCUCAGAGGUUGGCUUCAGUUGACUGCUUAACUAAGAAGCUCUCUCUCCUGGAUGCCACUGAUGAUGUUGUCUUGAACUUUGUGACAAAGCUUAAACACUACCAAAAACCCAGAGAUGGGUAUGUUUCAGAACCGGAGAGUUCUACUUCUCAAAAACAGGAAACAACUAAAUCCAUCCUCAGAUAUUCCGAGAUGAACCAUGGUCCUACCCAGUCCAAAGUGCCACAGAUGACGGAGUCAUCUCAGAAAAAAAGUUCUACCUCAUCAAAAGUGACUGAUAAACCAAAGGUGUCCUUUGGUCCCUAUGUGGAGAAAUACAAACCGGUCUCAAGAAAACCAAAGCAAAAGGGCUUUUCUGGCCAAACCAGACUUCCAGCAGCCAAAGGCCAUUUUACCCCUAAUCCUGGUCACUUGAUGGGGAACCAAUGUUCUUCUCCGAUGAACACCCAGCCUCCCAGUCCAACAAAUCAUGGUUUGAAUCUCUCUGACCCCUCCAACCCCGUCUUGCAUCCUCCAAGAGUCUCAUACUCUAGCUUCGACCGGACAGCAGGGGGCGUCAGCCAACCGCAAAAAGCUCAUCAACAGAGAAGAAGAGGCGGUUACAGAAAACCACUGGAGAUGCUUCUCAACCUCGUGGACAAGCACUGGGCAGGGGAGAGGUCACUCCAUCACAACAAUAACUUCCUGUCCGAGGCGGUCAAGAUCUUCUCCAUGAUGGAAAAUGACAUCUCGAGUCGAGAAGCCGAGGUCAGGGCCCUGAGAGGGGAAGUCGACGCACUCAGCCAGCAGGCGGAUGUACGAGAGGAAGCGCAUAAAUUAGAAGUCCGUAAUCUCUCAUCCCAGCUCGAGGAGGCUCAGAAUGCGGUGGACAAUUUGAAUGAGCAAUUGAGGAUUGUCUUGAAGGAGAAUGUUGCUCUGCAGAGACAGCAGAUCAAAUUGGAACAGCAGUACCUCAAGUCCGUGAUGAACAAUUCACCUAUUACUCAGAUAAAGGAGGCACAGACAGAAGUGGCGAGGCUUAGGAAAGAGAUAGAGGGGCUUAGAGAAAAGGUCUGGGAGGCUGAGAAAGUGAAAGAAUUGGCAGAUAUGCUGCAGGAAAGCCACAGGUCACUGGUGGCGACCAAUGAGCAUUUGCUGGGUGGACUGAAGUCAAAUGGAGAGCGUUGCUGAGGAUCUGGAGGAAAAACGGCACAAGUACAAAAGUCUCAGGCGGUUGCCGAGCGGUCUAUCUGCAUGAGUGCUGAAAAAUACCAACCAUUGUUCUCCUUCACCUUGGUUUGCUGCAGUGGCCUUAUUAACUACUGACCCCUACCUAUUUUCCCUUUCCUUUAGAUGAUAUUUCCAUCACAUAUGCUAUAAAUGUAGCUUUAUUUGCAUAUCACUGCAGUGUAAAUUAUACCUUUUAUUUAUUCAUUUUUAGGUUGGA